AUGAGACAUUUCAUUCUGAUCUGCGGUUUUGUUGUGCUCAUGCUAUACAUCACCUCAACAGCGAAGACUGCAGCUCUCGCUCACGGCUAUCGCCAUCGGCAACAGCACCGCAACAGGCACCCACCACAAAUUGCAAAUAAUGCACAGCGACACAUCCAUGGAGGGCACAGAGUUCAACGCGAAGGCACAAAGCCAGUUCCAUCAAAGUCAUCAAGCCCAACUCAGCUCUACGUAGCUGGGUACAUAAUCAACAGCUCGACACUCGUCAUAAUCUCCAUCGCAGAAAACGCAAAAGAUCGUGCUGCCAUGGAACAAGAUGAUACGGCAUCUUUAUUAAUGAUCCUAAAGGACGUUAAUGAUUCAAAGGAUGAAGAUAUGGAGUUGAGAGAGGGGAGCGAUGAUGAAGUGGUAUCAGGGGAAGAAGCAUGGAAAGUCAAGAGAGAGGACAAGAUGACAUUCAAAUACUGGGUCAUGGUUUGGCUUGUACCCGCUUUGUUGAUCGGGGUGGAGUUACAGUAG